CCUCUUUCCGAUCACUAGCCACCGGAUGGUUUCCUCUUAUUUUUGCGGAAGUGAUGAUAUUUUCCAAGGAGCUACAUUAUGUAAAUUGUAUUGCACAAUCGUGCACGUCUGAGUGUCAUGUGGCAUUAAGAGUGGACCCGGAUCAGCCAGGGUGUUGUGUAGCCUGUUGGAGAUCAAUUGAAAUCAUUCUUAAGUGUGUAGUAAAUUAGUUGAAACAUAUUUUUCUCAUGUAAUCACAGAUUAUGUUUGUGAUGGAAGCAACACCAGAAGUCUGCCCACUACUUUAAUAAAUGUCACUUAUUAGAUCUCUUGUUUGAAUAAUAGUUUUAAUUUCUUUCUCUCGUCUAAGUAUGUAGCUCAUUGCACACAUGGGAAAGAAAGACAAAGUAUAGCCAUCUUCGAGCUGCAGGGUGUGUGAGUGUGUGCGCGCAUGUCAAUCCCUUGCAGCGACUAUUCAGCUAAACCUGUUUUCCUUCAGAUCCUUUCGCAGAAUGGCUGUCUUUAUUUGGUCAUCACAUGAAAACCAAGUGCCCUAUUGCCAGCGAGUAGUUUGUGUGUGCCCUUGGAGCAUUGCUUAGUAAAUGUUUCACUGUUUUUUUUUUUUGUUUGAUGUUGUCUAUCUUUGCCUUCAGUUUUCUCUUUAUAGUCUUCAAGGGUUGUCUUUCACAGUAGCCCACGCCCGUUCUUAGGAUGAAGUAAAUGUUGAUUAUGUAAUCAGCUCUUAGAGCAGACACAGGCCUAUUCCUAAAUGAUAUGCACUCAAACAACUGCGGUAAUGUUUCGAAAAGGAGUGCGUCGCCAUAUAUGUUGUAUUCUUUAACACAAAAUGCAUGUACAGAAUAUUUUCCUUGCAUUCCUGCCUCUCGGGCAAGCAAGCAUGCGCAUGAGACGCUCAGCUUUGGCCUUAUUUGGAUAUGGUAAUGAGUGGCCUCAGACAGCCAAUGGGGAGCGAGUAUUCGUACAUGUGACGGUAAAAGACCGCUUGGGGGGCGGGGUCAGAAGCGGAGCUUAGGUUAAAAGCGGUGGACAAGACACAGCGCAUUCAGUGUAGGGAGAAGCAGGGACUCUCUGUGAGGGGGAACUUUGUUACUAUGAAACUUAGGAAUAUUUGCAAAAUAUUGUAAAAAUUAUCAAAAUCCCUCGUGAAUCAAUAACCUGCCCCUAGGGUUUGAGUUUUUUAGUUUAGUUUGCCCGGAAAGGGCUUCUACACUCACUAUUCUUACACUUUUUUGAAAGAAUGUGUGAGACAGACAGUUAGCCAGCUAGCUAGCUAGCUGAGAGGUGAUACAGGCGGCAGGAGAACAAAAGAUUUUUUUGCGUUUUGGCCGGUUGUACUGACACCAAGUCCAUGCAGAACGUGUCAUUACCAUCACAAUGCCCGUUUUACUUUUUCUGAUAGACACGUCCGCUUCAAUGAACCAGCGCACCCAUCUGGGCACUACCUAUCUGGACAUAGCAAAAGGCGCUGUUGAGACUUUUAUGAAGCUCAGAGGGAGAGAUCCGGCGAGCCGAGGGGACCGGUAUAUGUUGGUAAAUUUUGAAGACGUUCCCUUCGGGAUAAAGGCUGGAUGGAAAGAGAGCCAUGCCACAUUCAUGACAGAGCUGAGGAACCUCCAAGCAACCGGACUCACAUCUAUUGGCCAGUCCUUGAGGACCGCUUUUGAUUUACUCAAUCUCAAUAGAUUAGUGACUGGGAUAGACAACUAUGGACAGGGAAGGAACCCCUUCUUCCUCGAACCCGCCAUCAUAAUCGCCAUCACGGACGGCAACAAGUUGACAAGCGGCGGCGGAGUCCAAGACGAGGUCAGCCAACAUCUCCACAGAGACGAGGGGUCCCAGCCAAUCAGGAGAGCUUCCUGCAUGCUCCACCUGCCUCUGACCACCCCGCUUCCCGGUAGUGAGCUGACCAAGGAGCCCUUCCGCUGGGACCAGCGUCUGUUCGCUCUGGUGCUGCGGAUCGCUGGCAACGCUUCGGUGGAGCCCGAACCCCUCGGAGGCGUCCCGCCCGACGAUUCUCCCAUCACCCCCAUGUGUGAGGUCACUGGAGGACGUUCCUACAGCGUGUUUUCUCAGCGUAUGUUGAAUCAGUGUCUGGAGUCUCUGGUGCAGAAAAUUCAGAGCGGAGUGGUGAUAAACUUUGAGAAGACGGGACCUGACCCUCCUCCACUAGAGGACGCUCCAGCUGAGGCGGUGAAGUCUGGUCCGCAGCCUUGGCACUGCUGUCACAAGCUGAUCUACGUACGACCCAACCCUAAAACCGGUGUUCCCAUUGGUCACUGGCCCAUCCCCGAGGCCUUCUGGCCGGACCAGAACUCCCCCACGCUGCCGCCCCGCUCAGCCCACCCCCACGUUCGUUUCUCCUGCCUGGACGCUGAGCCCAUGGUGAUAGACAAGGUGCCCUUCGACAAGUAUGAGCUGGAGCCUUCACCGCUCACACAGUACAUUUUAGAGAGGAAGUCCCCGCACACCUGCUGGCAGGUGUUUGUAUGUAACAGUGCCAAGUACAGCGACCUGGGCCAACCCUUUGGCUACUUAAAGGCCAGCACAGCUCUCAACUGUGUCAACUUGUUUGUGAUGCCCUACAACUACCCCGUACUUCUGCCACUUCUGGACGACUUGAUCAAAGUGCACAAGUUCAAGCCAACCAUCAAAUGGCGGCAGUCCUUUGAGAACUACCUGAAGACCAUGCCUCCAUAUUAUAUCGGGUCUUUGAGGAAAGCUCUGAGAAUCAUGGGAGCGCCAAACCUGCUGGCCGACAACAUGGAGUACGGCCUGAGCUACAGCGUGGUCUCCUACCUGAAGAAGCUCAGUCAGCAGUCAAAGAUCGAGUACGACAGGCUGAUCGCCUCGAUUGGUAAAAAGCCACCGCCAGAGGCCGGCAUCAAGGUGCGUUGGCGGGGUGGAGGUAUAUCUCUGGCCCAGCGCAGGGACUUCAUCCAGCAGCUGCAGAGUCUCACAGGAGAGGCACCGACUCUGCCCCUGGAGCUCAACCCCAAAGAGUUUCAAGGCUUUCACCUGGCACUGCUCAACAAGGGCCUGAAACCUCAGAGCUUCAGGAAUCCCUACGACAUCCCUCGCAGCCACCUGCUGGACCAGCUGAGCCGAAUGAGGCGAAAUCUGCUCAACACCAGCGUCUGUACUCUCAGAGGGCAGGACUCAGACCAGUUCCACAGCGUGCCAAUCGCCCAGAUGGGCAACUACCAGGACUUCCUCAAAGCUGCUCCUCAGCCUCUUCGAGACGCAGACCCUGAACAGCCCAAACGCCUGCACACAUUCGGCAACCCCUUCAAACUGGACAAGAAGGGCAUGAUGAUCGACGAAGCGGAUGAGUUUGUGACCGGCCCACAGAACAAGGGCAAGAGACCAGGAGACAGUAACAACAUGCAGGGUGGAGGCCCCAAGAGACGCCGCUGCAUGUCGCCUCUGCUGCGCCUGGGCAGGGCUUACACGCCUCCAGUAACUCCCCCUGCCAGCCCUCGACCCGCAGCAGACAUGGACAUGAACGACGGAGCACCUGAACCAGACAUCAUCAUCAACCACCUCAAUCAGAACCACUACGGCUCAGACAGCAGCUCGGACUCGGAGGCCGAUCAUCCCUCGGGGCCCGCCAACCACCAGGAGAACCACACAGCCACGGAUCCCCAGGACCUCCAGCACAGUGACGAGGAGGAGAACGGGCAACCCCGGGUGGGCGAGCUGCUGCCGGGCAGCGAGGAAGGCAUGGAGGUGGUGCUAGUCGAUGACCAGCCGCCCCGCUACCUGUCACCUGCGGCUCUGAAGAAGCACAUUCACAACGAGACGAUGAAGGUCAACAACGAGCUGAGGGCGCUCAUCACCAAGGAGAUCAGGAAACCCGGCAGGCACUAUGAGAAGAUCUUCCUCCUCUUGAAGCAGAUCCAGGGCACUCUGGACACCCGGCUCAUCUUCCUCCAAAACAUCAUCAAAGAGGCGGCCAGGUUCAAGAAGCGCGUUCUCAUCGAGCAGCUGGAAAACUUCCUCGAGGAGAUCCACAACAGAUCCAAUAACAUGAACCACGUGGACACGCUCUGAGUCCGGCUCAUUCCCAAACUGAACUUACUGAUAAUGAACCCGACAACCCUCCACAUCCUUCUAACCCCCCACCCCCUCCCCAAAUCCUCCUGUACCGGGGGGGGGGGGGGGGGGGGGGCUGCGGAGACGAGAUAAGCAUCCAAGGCAGCAUCCGGCUCUUGAGUGGACUCUCUUCAUUCAAUCAACAUCAGUGAUGGUCGUGUUGGUUUACACACAGUAUAAACUGAAAGCAGUGUUGACCCUGGAUGAUGCAAGUGCAUUUUUCAGAUAUUGAAAAAAAGGGGAGGGGGGGUUGAGGACGCAUUUUAUUGUUGCAGGUGAAGUGUUUCCCUAUGCAAUGAGAUUUCUUUGGGCCUGUAGAACAUUUGGGCGCGGUUGCGUUCCCAUCUGUGACCCCGUCCUCAGGCGUUCCCCCUCGAUUAUUUCCCCUCCCCUGAUUUGAUCGUCUUGUUUUUAAAAGUGACAAAUGAGAGUGAAUAACCUCUCAAACGAGGGGGGGGGGGGAGUAAACGAGGGAGAGCAGGACAUUUCUGGAGAGGAACACAUGGCAGCCUGCGCCUGGAUGUGAUGUUCAGUUUUCUCUGUGUAGGAAGGGUUCAGGUUGUGUGCACGUUUUCAGCCAACUCAGGGUCAGACGGGAUCCAGCGGAGACGCUCAUGAAACACUUUGCUCACCACACCUUUUCAUGCGCUCACUAUUAUUUUCACGUUCAGUCAUUUUUUUGGCGUUCGGUUCUGUGGGGGAGGACGAGUCUGAUGUUUCUGUGUGACUGUUGAAUUUUACUUUCUACACUCCACUAACUGAAGCACUCCACUGCUGUGCUCUUAAAUGGGUAUGCUUCAAUUCAAAUCUUGAAUUUGUCAACUCGUGGUUUAGCUACCAGACUGACAAUUAAUAUUACUGAGGAGCAACUUAAGAAUGAAUAAUUUUAGUUCCCCUUGGGGGGAAAAAAAAGAUCCACAGCUUUUCAUUACGCUUGGAGAUGGUAAACUUAAAAAGUCUGUGUCUUUUGCAGUGCAGGUUCUCAGAGAGGGCGACACAGUAUAAAGUAAAAUCAUUGUGAAUGAUGCAACAUCAUUGGUUACAAAUGUUGAAAUACAGGGACAAAAAGCUCAGGAACUGAUACUAAUGCAUCAAGAUCAGCAAUAACAAUGGAGCUACUUUUACCCCCCUCCCUCCCUCCAUUUUUAUCUUAUUUUAGCCUGAAACAGCUGAUAUGCAACACAAACUGUUGUCCCCUGGAGUGCUGAUGAACCAAGGUCUCGGAUGCCAGCUUGUCCCAAUGUGCUGGUCGCUGCCAAAUAACAUAACCCCCCCACCCCCCCGAACUCCCUCUCUCCUCGCCAUGAAUCUCAAACCAACUUCUUGUCACUUAACCGUGAAAUGCACUUGUGUAAAUUUGAGAAUGUUUAUUUAAUGUAAUUUAAAAGAGAAAACUACCUUUUUGUUGCAGAAGAUUUUCUUUUUUCCAACAAUCCUCAUAUUUUUUGGUUCAAACCUGUUCAAUUUUCUCAAAUAUACACAAAUAAUCUGAAUGAAGGUCUAGAGGUCAAGAGUUGAUUUCUGAUUCAGAGGGCAGCCCUCUUCCGUUCCCUCCCUCCUUGGACAGGGACCAAAAUCUGCCAUACUUGUCUUUGUUUGUGAAGAGGCCGCUACCAAAAGAGUAUUUUGAAUACACUGUAAAGAUGUAAAUAACCCUAGAGUACUAUUUAAAGAGAAUGUUCAGUGGAAAAUGGCCUUUUUGUAAGUAUUUCCAUGAAUAAAGUUUCUAUUUUACACUGUGAAGGGCCAUGUAAAUAAAGUGUUCUGUAAAGAUGUGA